AUGACCUCUGGUGCGCCCUCUGAACCUACAACUACAGGUUAUGCUCCCAAUGAGUCAAGAAGAGCUGCAGCUCUGCCAACUCGAGUAGAGGAGCCAUUCGCCAGACAGCAAAGACUACAGGAAAGAGACCCGUGGGCAGCCUCUCGGCCACCGGCUACUCUCAGGUACGCGAACACUUACCCUGGAUCUGUACCGACGACUGCUCAGCCAUACAAAAGCUUCCCUCCACCACCAGGCCUAGCAGGCGGCAACCGAACAGGAACGAGCUAUCCUCCAUUUUCGACGGCACAAACACAACGUUGGGCGCGAGAAGAAUGGUCUAGUCGACCUGCAGCCUCGUACCAAGAUCUCCAGCUCCUCUCAGGCUGGGCAACACCGCCCAUGUCCGCUCAGUUCCAGCAACCACAGACCCCAAUGCCAACAGGCGCCGAUCGUAGCCCAAGAUCCGGGUAUGCGGCCUUUGGCAGCCCUUGGCCAGGCCCACCUCUCCGACGCAGUUCAUCAGAAGAAGCCAGGGCUGGUAUGGCAGGAUACUUUGGCGACCAGAACUCCAGCACUGCAAGCUUGCAGUCCAAGCAGUUCCCUCAGCGACGACCAUCCAACAGAGACGAAUUCGACGGACCAUCGCAACUCCUUGACAAGCCGGAAGACGGCGGCUUCGAGCCCAAAGAAGAAGACUUGCCCCAGUUACCCAUCACUUUGUACGCCCAAGAACAAGACGAAAUCCUAUCGAAAGUAAACGACAGACUUUCCCAGUGCGCCUUCGACUUUGUUGCGAAGUACCAGUUUCCUAUUCCGAUCGAGCCCGACAAGCGACCUGUUCGAGUACCCGGAGACCGAGAAUGGUCAGAGUGGGUGUACCUACUGAAACGCCUGGCGACCAAGCGCCGCAUUCCAGCACGAGUCCUCUACAACGGCCAGAUCAAACAGCUCAUCACGAUCUUGGAAAACAGCUUGGAGAUGAGACACGCGGCCAAGCAUCAGUCACGGCCGCUGAAGGACGACAGGAACAUCCUCCAGCUGAUCAGCUCCGGUCUACAAGUCGCCAAGAUCCUUAAAGACGCACCAGCAAUGCAGUACCUUGACAGCCUAUACAUCCAGACCGAACGCCUCAUCUCGAGUCGUCGCGCUCCUGCAGCAUCUGCUUCAUACUCAACGAUGUAA